GGGUUUUUGGGGGGGUUGCCACGUUGCAUCAUGAAAGGCUACACCCCCCACCACACACGUCACCUCUCGGACUGUGACCCUCCACACUCACCCUCUCGCCUAGAUCCAUUGUACCCACCUUCGGCUAGCUCCACCCUCUCGCGUCAACCCUACAUUGUCCCUUCUUCCAACAUGGAUCAUUAUGGAGCCCUGGAGCCCCAUCACUUCUCCACUUCGCCCAGCUCAGGUGGUCUUCCCCCAGACUGCUUGAUGCCCCUCAGCAAUCAGCUGUCCACCAGCAGCACCUUCCCACGUAUCCAUUACAACUCCCAUUUUGAGCAGGAUGACUUCUCACCUCCAGGUAGAGACAACAUUGGGGGCAUCAGCACAGGCACACUGGGUACCUCUAUGUCCAUCGGUAUGGGAAUGAACAUGGGGCUUGGAGCAGGACGCACAGCCAUGAUCACCAGUGGAUCUGCUACCAUAUCAGGCGCAGGGAAGAUGAACCGGUUACCAGCUAACCUCCUGGAUCAGUUUGAAAAGCAGUUGCCAGGGCAGCGGGAUGGCUUCAGCACCUUACAGUUUCAUCGUAGCACAGCUGUGGAAACAACUAAACAGCAACAGCAGCGCACCGAUAGCCCAGGAAAGAUCCGCUACCUGGUCCACUCUGUGCAGAAACUCUUUGCCAAGUCACAGUCACUAGAAAGCUCGGCUAUGAAGGGCAACAUGAAUGGGCGCUCAGGAAGCAGUGCCAAUGAGGACAAACACCACCGGCGCAGCAAAAGCAAAGACCGGGCCAAGAAUGAGGCCACAGCAAAACGGCGUCCCCGCUCCAACAUGUCUGGCUACUGGAGCUCAGAUGACCUGGACAGUGAUAUCAUUAAUUACAGGAACCCUGUGGCAAUGAUGACUCUGGGUCGUCAGAGCUCUGCCACAGGGUCAGCGCUGGAAAGCCAAGUGAAUUCAAAGUACUUAAUGCAAGGCUACAACACCAUUAGCGAGCACACACUGAAAGCCUCAAAGAGCAACAAUGACCUGAAGCACCAGGGCCUCCUUGCACUCCCAGGUCCUGGGGGAGGAGGAGGAGGAGGAGGAGGAGGAAGAAUGGCAGUUGUGGAAGGGAAUUAUGGGAAGGGUGGGUCCUGGUCCACACUCACACUGGGGCCCAGUAGGCAGUUGUGCCAGAAGGGCUCAGCCACACUGGAUCGUUCCCUGCUCAAGUCCAAGUCAUGCCAGCAGGAGCUGGCCUGCCAUUAUCUCCAGGUACGAGGCAGGAUGCCCUCUACAGGAGAGUGGAGCGGGACUCUUGGUCGAGGUGAGAUUCCAUGCAGGCGGAUGCGCAGUGGCAGCUACGUAAAGGCCAUGGGGGACCUGGAGGACAGCGAUGACUCGGACAGCAGCUUGAAACCCUCACCGAAGACUUCUGCGCGCAGACAGAGCUACCUACGCGCCACACAGCAGUCCCUCAGUGACCAGUUCCCUUCCAGAAAUUGUCUUCCAUCUCUGCGAGAAUUCUCUGGGAAUCGCAGUGUGGACAAUUUGGACUGUAUAGGAGGUUCUGUAAGCUCAUCAUUCCCACGCUGGGAUGAUGACGACUUCAGUCAAGGCUGCAGCACACUUGGACGCAACAGCUGCAUCAGCCAGAUGCGGGAGUCAGAGUUGAACCAACGCUAUGGAGAUGACUCCUGUUCAGAAUCUAUGUUUGGAGAGAUGCACGGGCUCACACGCUCUCACUCCCGGGCAGAGGACCCUGAUUUGCCUACUUGCUUCCGUUCCCGAAGCCAUAGUUACCACCGCGCCAUCCAGGCUGGCUGCUCCCAAGAUGAUGACACAGCAUCGCUAGAUUCAGAUUCGCCACCACCCACUGCUACAACUGUACGCACCUACAGCACCAGCACCGUCUCAACAUGUAUAACAACGUGUAAGAAGAUAGCUCCACCCCCUGUCCCUCCCCGCCAUUCCACCUCCAAGCCCUUUAUCUCAGUGACGGUGCAGAGCAGCACCGAAUCGGCACAGGACGGUUACCUGGACAACCACGAUCGCAAGAGCCACACCAACGGCAGUUCGUCAGACAGCAGCUUGACAAAAGGGUCACGAAAUCACCCGGCUGUGCUUGGACCUUGCGAGCCACAGGUUCCGGCAGCUCUGGUGCUUUCACCCGACUCCUCUCGUGAGCUUCAGAAUGAGCAGGUGAAGGCAGGAGGAGCAGCAGACGAGCCUAGGACAGAGCCCGUACCCCGUCGCAAACUUUCCUCCAUUGGAAUACAGGUGGACAGCAUCCAGGAAAUUCCGAACCGAGUUGAGACACCACCGCCAUUGGCCAGAUUCCAGUCGAUAGGAGUGCAGGUGGAGGACGGCUGGACACUCAGCCGCUCCAGUAGUAUGGCAUCUAAGCAGGAAACUGACUCAGACACACAAGAUCUCUCUCUUAAUUCUGUCACCAGUGUUACAUCCAACAACACUUCCAGACCCACUGAGAAAAAAGUCAUGGUCAACAGCGCUAUCCAAUCUGUGGACUUCCACGCUCAAAUCUCUCUCGACAACGGUAGCCACGACGAUGAUGUUGUGACAACCAGCGGUCCUUCCCGCCAGCUCCUGACUAAUCGCUCGACAACAAGAAGCAGCUCUUCUUCAUUUUCAGAGAGUUUAGACCCCGCCCUUGACCCCUCCUCCCUGCCACCACCUGACCCAUGGUUAGAGAGCGGCAAUGGGACUGGGAACGGCGGCCCCACGCACACGUCGUCGGGUGGCAUGUCGGCAUGCCGGAGAGAUGGGCAUUGGUUCCUGAAGCUGCUGCAGGCGGAGACCGCUCGUAUGGAGGGAUGGUGCAAACAAAUGGAGGAGGAGACCAAAGAGCAUCAGCUCUCGGAGGAGGUGCUGGGUAAGGUGCGCAGUGCAGUGGGAAGUGCUCAGCUCCUCAUGUCUCAAAAGUUUCAGCAGUUCAGAGGGUUAUGUGAACAAAAUUUGAAUGUGAAUGCUAACCCAAGGCCCACAGCUCAGGACUUGGCGGGAUUCUGGGACCUUCUGCAGCUCUCAAUAGAAGACAUUAGCCUCAAGUUCGAUGAGCUCUAUCACCUCAAAACCAACGAUUGGAAACUGGACCGAGAUUCCCCAGACAAACAGAAGAAUCAGAAGCAGGCUCCACCUGUGCCAAAGAAGCCUGGGAAGAGUAAGGCAGUGCUGAACCGGGAGAAAAGCAGUGACACGGCAGAUAAACAGAGGCAGGAAGCCCGCAAGAGACUGAUGGCAGCCAAGAGAGCACAGUCAGUCAAACAGAACUCGGCCACCGAAAGCUCGGACAACAUCGAGAUCUACGUCCCCGAAGCCCAGACACGCCUCUGAGAGAAGAGAAAUAAGGAAACAGGCCCACAGCUCACCCAUGUGGGGAAGGGGAAGAGUGAUGUGGCAAAAAGAAGACAUUCGAGCACUACGCAGAUCUGCUCUAAUAUCAAAUGCAAAAUGCUCUUUAUUUUGGUGGCAGCCUAAAAUCGAGAAAGGGGAAUGUGGGAAUUGUGGACAGGCCACUCAAAGAGCUUCUCUUUUCAGAGACUGCCAAGGAAAACCUCACAAAGACAUUAUUAUUAUUAUUAUUAUUAUUAUUAUUAUUAUUACUGAUAAUUAUAUCACCUAAAGUCUAUAUCAGACUGUUUUAAAUGUUCUAAUAUCUUGGAUAAGAGAUUUAAUCUAUGUGGACUAAGGUAGCCACACUUGGCUUUUUGCCUUUCAGCACCCCAUCCAGUAGAAAAUCCUCCUCUGAAGUUUCCAUACACAUACUUGCUUGGAGGAUGCCUUCCUGUGUGUGCCCUCUCUGAAAUAUUUGUCUUCCUGUUUACUAAUUUGGUCUGUUGAUUUCAGCCUCUAGUACAACUUAUAGAAAUAAUUUCUUUGUGAUAAAACAGUAACAGAUAAACAAAAGCCUGUUAGAAUGGAAAAGAGUGGUGUAGAAAUGUAGGACACAUUAUUUCAACCAGCUGGUUUUCAUUCCUGCUUGACUCUCCCUAAUGGUCAGCUUUCAUACCAUUUAUCGGGUGCUUGCCUAAUGUUAAUGCACACACACACUCCAAUUUAAAGGAGCAAUAAGUAAGAAUCUCUUAAUCAUAAAAAUCAAAAUAGAUGUAGGAAGUUUUGGAGAAACUUUUGCCUGUUCUAAUUCCUUGAUAAACCAUGUAACAGUGAUCCAAUUAUGUGUGACUGAACUACAAUGCAUAAAAUACCAUUUAUUGCCCCUUUAAUUUUUAAAAUUAUUAUUUAUUUAUUUUUUUUUUUUGCAUUUUGCUAUAGAAGGUAAGGAGGGAAAGCACAUUGCAUGCUUUUAAAUCUACAUGCCUCUUGUAUCGCAGUUAGAAAUGUCCCUGUGGUCACUUUGCCAUAUUGAAGGCACAAGCUUGCACUCAUUAUAGAUCACAGAUAGGUCCUGAUCACACAUUAAAACCAUUGCCAGUUUUAUUAUCCUGUAGAAAAAAGACCCAGCUGCUUUUAUGAUUUUUUUUAUAAUUUAAUUUAUUUUUUUUUAUUUUUAUUUUUUACUGUAAGGAAAUAUCUGAUCACGGAAGAUAAGCAGUUAAUGAACUCGCACUCUAAAAUGUUGACUCUGUUUAAGCAAGCAUUUUAUUUAAUCAUAUGUUAGUCAUUGUAAAGCUGUAUAACACAUUACGUUUCAGAGUUAAAUCAGUCAAAGGUCGACUAUGGAAUGACAGCACCUCUCUGUGGUUAUUUGGGUUCUACAUCCUGUGAGCUGUCCUGACAAAGUGAAGGCAUUUUAUUCUGCAUUUCAUAAUCUAUCUUUUUUUUUUAUUAUUCUCCUUCGUUUACAUUGUUUACCUUGUUAUUAUUUAUCCUCACUGACGUUACCUGUCUGUUUUAAGAAGCAACAUUAAAUUCUGUUAUUUGUAUGCAUUUGUUAGGGGUCAUUUCAAACUUUUUACUGGUUUAUCCAAUGAGGACAGAAUUUCAAUUAAAGAGGGGCUUUACUUAUGAAAUUAUCCAAAUGGUUACAUUUGCACCAGACCAGUGUUAUAGCAAAACUGAAAUUGCGAGAUGCGUUCAGUUUCUUCAGUAUUGGGUAAUUUAUCCACACUGCUUUACAGGCAGUUAAUUGUGACUCUUUAGUUAUUAGUCUGGCACUUUUAGGCUCAAAGCACACAGGCAUUCCUAAGGAGUAAUGUGAGUUCAUUUGGGUCAUGGGCAACCUGAAACUGAUAACACUUUUGUAACAAAAUAGCUCCAGGCUUCACAACACACAGUGGGGUGUGCUUUAUUUUUGUCACGAAUUUGAAGGACUCUAGCAAAUGAAACUGUAUAUCUAUGCAUGCUCAAAACAGAUAUGAGUCCUGAGCAAUGCAAUAAGAAUUAUUUCAUCUGACUCCCUCCCUUUAAAAGGGGACAUAUGUGCAUUUUAACUAGGAAAGACCUGUCCAUUGGCCCACCUGCUUUCUUUAAACAGACCCACACAUACAAACACUCAGUACGGUGAAAUAGUUGAGUGAUUGGCUCCCUUUGUCUGCAGUGUUGUGUGCUAGCCAGGCCAGUGAUGGCUCCCUUUGCUGUUUGCAGUAAUGGUGUGAAUGGGAUCUCCUCUCUCUCCACUGUUUCUCCCCAUUUGGCCCGGGGGUGAGUCGUUAACGCCUAUGGCUUUGUGUGCUGAUGGCCUACAGCUUAUCCCUCCACAGGGUUUAAAGGCAUGUCUGACAAAUCCCUGCAGAACUACUUCAACAGCCCCAUUUCUAAAUCAGGUGACUUGGGGUUUCAAAUCACUCAGUGAAGUAUGCUUAUUCUGAGUCUGAGAUCUGCUAAAUAGAGUUGUGCUCUGCAGGUUAGAACAAAUCAUGUUGGAAAUGAAUCCUCUGUAGUUCUCAUUGCUUCUCUGGUGUCUUAUUAUUACAGAAUAGCAAAGACAGCUGGUUAGAAGUGGUUAUAACAGUAAGGGCAUAAAGUGUAAACAUAAGUCACUGACAGCAUAUAGAAUAAUCAGCACAGGUUAAAGCACAUUAGCUGUGUCUGAGCUUGCAACCUGAAUUAUGAUCAUUUUUAAACAGCUGGGGAAAAGAAAAGCGUAAAAACCUAUAAGCGAAAAGUAGAUAUUGGACUAUUGCAAGCUUUUGUCCUUGAUUCUGAAUGCUGAAGCAACAUGAAUCACAUCUACAAGGCUUUGAAUACUUUAGUGUCUGUUACACUGCAGCUAGGAAGACAAUGUAAACAUAAAGAGACUGCCAGACAAACAGUUCCUUCUAAAAACCCCUGAAGCUCUCAGAUUUCCCUCUUAAUGGUGGAUCUCGCAGAUCCAUGUUUCUCUCACUUUCCAUAUAUUUCUAUCCGUUCUAUAACAUUUUUGUCAUUAUUGCAUUUCUUUGUCUUUGUUCAUUUAAUGUAUUUAUGUUUCCAGCUUUGCAAAAUUCUUUUCUCAAUCCCUUCUCACAUGAAGUAGAAAUGUUCUUUAGAUCUUACAUCUGUUUCUUGUUUUCAUGUACUCAAGUCUGACUGUAUUUUACAUUGCAAGUCUGUUUUUUGAUCAUAUAUUCGGGCUUCCCUUAGGACCACAAUGUACCAAUAUACUCCAUGUCUUCUUUGAUACAGAGUGUGUUUAAAAGCUGGGAAGCUGUUUUCUCUGUUGGACAGCAGAAAAGCUCCACAUGUGGAAUUGCAGGACAAUAUUUUGGAGGCAACUUUCAAUUGAGAGACACUUUGGAGGGAUAUCCGGUUUCUGCCCUGACUGCGCUGCUUAGGUUCUAAAAUUUUUAAUAUACCUCUAAAGUAACGGACAAGUAACGGCAGCACAAGUUUGGUAGGCUACAGCCAAUCUGGGUUAAUGGAAGCCCAAAUGAUGACCCUGUACUGACCCUGCACCCUGCACUCGGCCAUAAGUGUACACUUCUACCUGCGUUUCAUCAGCCUAA